CUAGAAUGACACGUUAUCAUUGUAUUUAAACAGGAAUCAGGACGUUAACUGUGUAAUUGAUUUCAGAAAACUUGGUGAAUUACAGAGAGCAAAUAUGUUUAGAUCACAAGUAGCAGUUGUUUGGUUUCUCUUCUUUUUCCUGGUCUGCAAUGCGGGAGAUCAAGAAGUGGCAGCUGAGACACUUGAGUUUUCAAGUAAAGAUAUCGCUGUAUAUAUACUAUCUGUCCGUGUUAAGGAGUGGGAUGAAAUAAUUGGAAAUAAUUCAUUAGCACAAUCCCUAAAGCUUCUGGAUAGAUAUUGUGCAAACGUUGUGGAUGUGGUGAAGGAAUUGGAACCAAAAUUGAGUUCUGCUACUCUGUCAUGUGAUAUCGAUCACACACAAAGGCCAAACGAUAUCCGUGUAGACAAUAUUAAGGUUGAACUGGCAGUGUUAUCGAAUGAAAUGGAAAAUGUAUUUUCGUCGAAAACCUGGUUCCCAUCGUUGAAGAAUACGCUUGAAUCGGGUAGUGUGAAUGUGAAUAGCGCGUGGAUAAUUGAAGAAAGCGAUGGAAAAACGACCAUACAGAAAGAAAUAUCUCAACCUGGAACAACAACUGAUAAAGAGGAAACGUCUUUCGGUCACUGUAUCUAUGCUUCGUUUCCAUCUGAUCAGUCAAAUGAAGAGUGA